UGAACUUUAUUAUACAACAACAUGCAAGAUGCAUGACCUCAUGCACGACCUGGCACAAUCCAUUAUGGGGGAUGAAUGCCUUAGCAUACCGGACCCUGCCAAGUGGGAAGAUGCAUCUAGGAGAACCCGUCACUUGUGUACAUCUGAGAAUGUCCAAUUGAACAUUCAUAGGACCUUGAAUAAUUAUCCAAAUAUUCGCACUCUCCUGUCCUCAAUAAAGGGAUACCAUACAAGAAUUUCCGUGACUGAGGAAUCAUCAAAGCCUAGGUCCUUGAGAGCAUUGGAUCUACAUAAUACUGUUAUCAUGCAAUUGCCAAUCUCAGUUGGAUUUCUGAAACACCUAAGAUACCUGGACCUCUCUGGUACUUUUAUGAAAGCACUACCUGAUGCCACCAGCACACUUCUCAAUCUACAAACUCUGAAACUCUCCAACUGCCGCAAUCUACAUAAGCUGCCCGAAGACAUAAGAAAUAUGAGUAACCUGAGGCAUCUCUAUAUUGAUAGAUGUACCAAUCUAAAGCACCUGCCAGCAGGUAUAGGGCAAUUGAGCAGCCUGCGAACAUUAACGAAAUACAUUGUGGGCAAUGAUGCUGGAAGGCGUAUUGUUGAGUUGAAUAGGUUAAAUCUCGGUGGCCUUCUAGAGCUGUAUAACCUGAGGAAUGUGAGGGAUGCAGCUGAUGCUAAAGAAGCUAAUCUUAGUUCCAAACAUAACCUUUGCUCAUUAAUAUUAUGUUGGGAUAUGAUUGAGUGGCAUCCGCCUUAUUGUUAUGCAGAAUCUGCCCAUCACUGUUGUGAAGAAGAUGUUUUGCCAACAAAAAAUGCUGAAGAGGUUUUGGAAGCCCUAAGACCUCAUGGGGUCUUAAAGCUGCUGACGAUAUGGCGCUAUGGGGGUGCUAGCUUUCCAAUGUGGAUGAUGGACUCUGUGCUGCUGCAAAAUUUAGUUGAAAUCCAUCUGGGAGUUUGCACAGGUUGCCAACACCUCCCGCCUUUAUGGCAGCUACCUUUUCUCAAAUUUCUCUACAUGAUUAAGAUGGAUAGCGUCAAAUACAUCUGCAGUAGUACCAUCUAUGGCAAUGCAAGACAUGGCAAGGUGCAAGCAUUCCCCUCACUGAAGAGACUGGUGUUGCAUACGAUGCAGAACUUGGAGAAGUGGUCAGAGUAUGAUGGAACUGCAGAGGUCACGCUGUUUUUCCCUCACCUUGCUGAGCUUAAGAUCAUUGAUUGCCCAAAUUUGAAGACCAUGCCAGAUCUACCAUCUCUCAAAAGUUUAGAAAUGGAAGGAACGAAUGAGCAGUUGGGCUUGGUAUGUAGUCUGACCACACUAUCUUCCCUCAUCAUUGGUCUCCAUAAAACGAGCACUGGCCCAGAGUCACCUCCUCUUGCUCAGAAAAAAAUGUCUUUCAGAUAUUUUAGAUCUCUUGAAAAUUUAGCUAUUACAGAAUCUGAGGAUCUAGCACCGCUGCUGGAAGAGGAAGAAGAGACAAGAGGGCUGAGCACAUCAGUACAUCAUUUCCAUAUUUCUUACUGCAAUUGGUUGUUUUCCUCAUCACAGCAGUCAUCAUCACCAUUGGGGUUUUGGAAGAAUCUGACUUCUCUCCUAUCUUUGAGCAUGGAGUUUUGUGAUCAUCUGGUCUACUGGCCGGAGGAGGAGUUCCGCAGCUUGAACUCACUGAAGAAGAUAGGCAUCUAUGGUUGCAACAAGCUGGUUGGUCCGUCACCUUUGCCAUUAUCCUCGUCAGUAGAUGGAGAGCUCCUACCAAACCUUGAAGAGCUGGAUAUUGUACAUUGUGAUGGUCUGCUAGAAUUGCCCAAGUUGCCUACAUCGCUCAAAUCACUGUACGUUGGUUACUGCCCCAAACUAAAUUCCUUGACGGAAGGCUUGCAACAUGCCACUUCUCUUGAGAGGGUCGUUAUUUUAGGUUGCCCAAGCCUGACUUCUCUGCCAGCAGAUCUUGGCCACCUAACAGCACUCACAAGUAUGUAUAUCAGUGAGCUUUCUGGCUUGAAAUCUUUGCCACAAGGACUCGGACAGCUCGCUGCACUCAAGUCUCUGUGCAUCGACAAUUGCAGAAAUUUGUCAUCUCUGCCAGAAGGGAUGCAAGGCCUCACUUCCCUUCAGCGUCUGUCUAUUAGGCAAUGCCCUCGGCUUUCAUCACUCCCGGGAGGUCUCCAACAACGGCUCCCUGGACUUCAGUAUCUGGUCAUUGAAGGGUGCUCCAACCUGGAGAGACUGUGUAAGAGAGGAGGAUCGUAUUUCCACCUGGUCUCACGCAUCCCCUAUACUGAAAUAUUGCCAGAGAGGCGCACCAUGAGCACCUUCCUUCCUUCCUUUCCUUGCUUUGGAGGACCAUCGGAAGUAUGAAGUCAUCUAAGUCCUUACUAGGGUUUGGGGCUGAAGUGGGAGCUGGAUGGAUAUAUGAUUUUUUUAAUUCAUCUCACUGUCUCUCUUCUAGCCAUGGCAGAUCAACACCAAAUUUAGCUUCAGGAUGGAUAAAGAGCAUUCAGGGUACAAGAAGCUUCUUCGUUGAUCAUGUCCACAUUGAACCUCUCGCUAUCCUCAAUCCAGUACAAGGGGAGAAACAACAUAUCAUG